AUGACUUCGAUAUUUAAUACCAGUAGUUUGCCUGAUGUCAUGCAACGUAUGAUUACACCUCACUAUGAACAAAUUGUCAAUGAAAUAGAACAGAUUUAUCAUCAUCCUGACACAGGAUUGAUUACAAUUGCACAAUGGCUCGGUGUACCGAUUAUAGCUCCAAAUAAGAAGAUAAGUAUAUUGCUCAUCGGCAAUCAUAGCGCUGGUAAAUCUUCUCUUGUGAAUUGGUACAUCGAAGAUAAUGUUCAACGGACUGGAGUAGCAAUUGAAACCCAAGGAGUUUCAAUCAUCACAAGUGGUAAACGACGAGAAUCACUAAUGGGUCCAGCUACAAUGCAUUUAUUUCCUUAUCUUCGUCCUCUAGGAAAUAUUCCUGGUCUUAUGAAUUAUUUAACAACAGAAAUCUCAUCUUCAAAACAAAAGAAAUUUCCUCUCGUUUCGUUUGUCGACACACCAGGUCUUGUCGAUGGUGCCAUGGCAUACCCAUUUGAUGUUGAACAAGCCAUUCUCUGGCUCGGUAAUCAUGCUGAUUUGAUAUUUGUUUUAUUUGAUCCCAUUGGCCAAGCACUAUGCAAACGAACCUUAACACUUGUGGAACAAUUGAAUAAAUCCAAUCCCGAAAAGAUGCAUUAUUAUCUAGCGAAAGCUGAUGAAGCUGGUAGCGAUCGUGAUCGACAUCGUGUCUUAAUGCAAAUCGUUCAAAAUCUUUGUCGACAACCGGAAAUCUCCAAAACGAACUUCGAUAUGCCAACUAUUUAUCUACCUGAACUAGCCAAAGAAACACGGUGUACAAAUCAAAUUCACGAAGUUUGUUCAACUAUCGAUCACGCGGUAUUUAGUAGUGUACAAAAAUCGUUGAAUACUUUACAUAAUGAUUCCAAACGCUUAGAGCAAUGUAUUGCUGAUCGUUUAAUAUUGCACGAAAAAACUCAAAUUAGACAUCGAUCGUGGAAUAUCAAAUUGUCGAUCGUGCAAUUUAUUUCAUUACUAUUGAUGAUACUUUCAUCGAUAUUGAUCUUUCGACGUUAUGUGAAAACAUCUCAUCUAAGAAUUCCAUUGUUGUUCCCAGACGAAUUUUCAACCACAUGGCAAAUCGAUUCGACAUUGAAUGUUAUUGAUGAUUUUCUCUUUUAUCCAACUUAUUCCCUAUUAUUAAUCAUUCUUCUAAUCAACGGAAUCAUUUUUUCCCUUGGACAGUUUAUUCGAAGUCGUCAAAAGGAUGUUCUUAAUCAUCGAGAAAAGAAGAUGUUUACAGCAUUCAAACAUCAUUUACAAACAAACGUUGGCGUCAAACAAAAAAACUUAUAUGAAUCCUUUCUGGCUGAAACUAUUGAUUAA